GGGAGAAGCGCAUGCCAUUUCUGUUCCUUCCUGCUUGACCCAUAGCGGAAAAAAAGAGAGGCACAUGCGAUUUUUUCCGUUAUAUUCUGUCGCCUAUCAUUACACUAGGCCAGAAAAUGAAGCUGAAGAAUAUGAAGAAGAUUUUCUCCAUAAUAUGAAAAAUGUCAUCCGCGCCGUGAACCGCGAACUGAUAACGUCUGACCGUUGUGAUUACAUCAUCGAUAGCUGGCGUCCAUUGAGCAGUUAAAAGAAAAGCGACAAUAGUUGACGCAGAUUACGCAGACGUGUACACGCAGGCAGGAAAGUACAGAGCCAACGAUAUAGGAACGCUUGGAAAUACUCACGGAUAAAGGAUACUACGAGAAGGAGUUUGCUUUGGCCAUUUAGAGGUGAAGUAAGUGCGUAUUAGACUAAAACAAAGCUCGUGAAAUGGUGUACCGAGGUUUAGACUUCGACAGCAAAAUUAACGCCCGUUUUGAAAAGCUAGCUUGGAGAGAAACACACAUCUUUUGAUUUAUUUUCCCUGUUCGUCAUUUAUAGUACGUUUAGAAGGACAGAGCAAUGCCGUUUAAGUGACAAAUAUGUUCCUUGUUUUUGACGCUGAUUGGUCGUGUGUGAAUAAGCAACCUUUGAUUAGUAUUAAGAAAUUGUAUCGAGUCCGCGCGCAAAUUUAGUCUCGGCCUUUCCACAACGUGAAUAUACAUAAAGAAAAGGGUCGUAGCUAACAAGAAAAAAAAAUGAUCAGCCUUACUCUUUGUCACUAAUCUUCGUCUUCGGCGUGUGUGGUUUGUAUUAAUAAGCAGACUUGAAAAAAUAUUUGAUUUUUGGGCGCGUAUGUUUCACCUCAGUUUCAGACAAAAAUCAAACGUAGGAUUUUUACGAAAGUGAACAAAAAACGCUUUUGCGCAAAGAUGACUUGACGUAAGUGUCUGUUUGGUCCGUGUGCGUGAUCAACAUAACUACAGAGUUGGAACAUGCAAUCAUCUUCGCCUGAAAUACCACUUCUGCUUAUAAGUCGACAGAGAGAGAAUCUCCUUGGGUACAAAUCCGGAAAGUUGAAAGCAGCUUUUAUCCAGGAGGGGGGGGGGAUAAGAAGAGAGAUGAAUGUCGACAGUUUUGAAAGAAAUUCUAAAAGAUAUCAAUAUGGGUGUGGCAUCAACCAAUGUAAAAGGUGUAGAAGAUGGUAGAUGUAGGUUUGAACAAGUAAAAUAAUUCUCCUGUAUCUUGUUAAUAUAAAGAGAGAAAUGCAAAUUACUACCCGCAUUAACAAACUAGAGAAUCUACGAAGAUCACCCCUUGCUUUCUGUGGUGGAGACCCCCGGGAUUUAGAUUUCAGACGUUGUACCGCUAUCAGAGUUAAUCGGAUAAUUGCUUGAACAAAUGCUAGUGCAAGUAAUAAAUCUCAAAAAAAUGCACUGAUAUCUCAUAAUAACAUCUUCCCUAAUUCGACCAUUAUUUCUCAGUUUUUGGCUAGGAGACGACUAGGAGAUCUGAAAAUUCAUAAUCUGCCCUUGGUGACACAAGCGAACGGGAUUUUAACUUUUAAAGAUAAACGGUCACAUUAUCGUCAGCAAAAUUUUAAAAGGCUCCUCGACAUUGUCGCAUCAUUUUCGCCUCUUCACUUUGCCGAGUUUAAUUAAUGUAAGAGCGAGGUCAGCAGUGACUUAAAUACUGUCUAAGCUUCUGUUUCGCGGUGAUUUCGCAAAUACAAGAGCAGCGAAAAACCCUAGUGCUCACAAGUAGACCUUGUCAAAGAGGAAUGGUUGAAACACCUUAUGCGCACAUGUUUAAGUUAAAUUGCAUCAAAAAAUCUGUCUCCUUGCCGAUGGAAACGUAAAAUAAACUGUUGAGUGCAAACAGAGAUAACGUUCUUAUUAACGACAACAAUUUUCUCGCGCUAUCAGUUAUCAGACUUGAAUGUAGACAACUGUCUUACUGCAGAUUAAUACUCGUGUUUCAUUACCAAUCGCUUUUAAAGAGUUAGUAAUCAAUGUUGGGUGGAAGAUUGUACUUUUAUCUGCUUCUAAUGGGGAAAUACCUUUCCAAUUAACUUUCCUUUGGCCUGCACCGUUUCGUGCGGUAAGAAGAGUGCCACAGUAAAAAUAAAGUCCCUUUGUGGAAGGGCCAGAGUCCAAUUAACCAAUUUCGAUAACGUGAUUAUGACUAAAUCAACAAGUCUAAUAACAUCCCACAUCCGCUUAAAAUAUUUUUUUUGUUUGUUAAAAAGCUCGUCUCCCUUAACUCCGACUGUGAAUUCACUGUCGAAAUAUUGGUUUACAAAACCUCCUCUUUCACCGGCCUCUUCAUCCGCAGUAAAUAAACCUCUUCUCAUGCGUAUGCUGCGCUCACGUAAAUUACGCAACCGUUAAGCUCUGAAUCUGAAAAGUGAUCAUCAGUGCAAAGGAGAAGUUUCUUACUCUGUAUUGUAAGUAAUGCCAAAAAAAAAAUCAAAGAAACAAAUUAAUACAUAUGACCUGAAAAAAUUUACGGUGACCUCAAUGAAGCUAUGAGAGAACGGAAAGUAACAGGAUUUAGCGACAUAUUAGCGACCACUAAAACGGGAAGACAACUGGUUUUGUUGAGUACCAAAGAAAGUUAUUCCCGCGUUUAUGGCACCCACGAGUUUCAUGAAAAGAAGACGUUUCCAAAAACAGACAAUGUCACGUCCUGUAUGUCAUGUAUGGAAAUUUAAUAACCUCAUUUCAAAAAUUAAUCAAUCUGUGUUAAGUUCUUUCCACGCCUAUCAACAUCACCAGCAUGCCGACAUCCGGAAUCUGAUAUCUGUGGUGUGUACCUCUUUGUCUUGCAAGUUCCUCGAUGAUUUGAGAUCUUCCGCAAAUAGUGAAGUGGCCUCCUACACCAUGUUCUUUCUCAUGCAAAUGCAGGAAACCAAACACUCACCCACCAUCACCAACUGCUUACAGAUAUAUCGCUUAAAACCACCAUCACCAACUGCUUACAGAUAUAUCGCUUAAAACCAUAGAAAAUCGUUUUCUGUUAGCCUGUUAUGAUUAAGUAUCAUACUGUACACAUGCUGUCUUUCACUCUGCUCGGUUACCAUGAGGUGAAUUGUCUAAUUUACUAUGAUAAGUAGCAGUCAUUUGACGUCUUGUCAGACGAUGUAGAUCAGUGGUAUGUAUGACAAAACCACAAUUGGACAAAAAUAGGUUGUUGCACGAAUUCUUUCACGGAGCUGUGUCACGUCUGCGAAAAAUGUCUUACACCGGAGUGAAACUGUUAAAUCAUACUCUUUGAAAGAGGAUAAACACCCAAGAGGUAAGAAAAAUUCAAACAUAAAAAAAAAAAAAAUAGACUAGGAUGAAUUUUCAAAAAGGUUCAAAGAUUCUGAAUGAAUCAGCGAAAACGUCCAAAGAUCCGUUAAGUCACUCUUAGCACCAGCUAGAUCGGUUCAAGUGGUAACCAAGGUAGCGUCAGGCUCAAUAUCUCGAUGCAUAUCACUUUAAAUUGACCACUUGUAUGUAAAUGUUUUCACCACAACAUAACGAAACUUUUCCUAAAUUUCGUGUGACAGAGAUUUAACUUUCAUCCCUCUGAACAAGUCGCUCUUUUGGCAACAUGUAAGGAGGCAUAAGCCAGUGCUCAUAAAUAACUCAACAGUCGUGUUUCAUAACACUUAAUUCGGGCGUUGUCUAUUAAUAUUAUUUCAUACAUCCUUAAACCUCUUUUGAUCCAAUUUUAAUGCAUCAAGUACGAAUCAACAAAUAGAUCCUAUGUUACCGAGGAUCCCUUGUUCAGAAAUCGAUUACAGAUGACGUCAAAAUGUCGUAAGAACAAAAAGUGAUGCGGAAGACGCAGCCGAGUGUGUCACUGAUUUUCUUACCUUUUGGUGAUCUAUUUCUGAACAGAUCCACGGCAACAUGGAAACUAUUACUUCAUAUGUGUUAAAACAGCAAAAUGUUGUUAAUGGUGAUCUCAUCUGCGCGUCUGUCCUCCAAUGAACCAUGCGUAAAAACCAAUCAAAAUGUGUAAGAUUCAGUUUAUCAUAAUAUGGAAACAGUUCACCUUUCCCAUCGAGGAAGUACAUUGACAUGGAUAUAAUCGUUAAGAUUCAUCAAAAAAGAUCAUACUGCUGGCCACAGUAUUUUAAACACGACCUUUUCGGGAAGAGUAUUCAGUCUUAACGGCAGGAGAAGUCCUUGGGUAACUAGGGGUAAAAUUUUUCAAUCUAAGUCAAGUUGACAUUGCAGAAAGUAGCUGGGUUUUGUUUCGAGGUCUGACAGUGUCCAAAAGGUGCACGUUUCUUUGCAAAGUACCAUUUUAGAACCUGAUUUUAAACGUUAUUGGCUUAGUUAAUUGCCUUCAUCAAAACAUUCUCUAAGUAUUUCCGCCAUUCCGUCCAUUUUCUAAAAACCUUGAGUGCUGGAAAAAAUGUAAAAGCCCUGGAGUAAGGUUAGUGGAUACCUUUUUCCGUUCGCUUGCAAAUUUACUUUGAGGGAAAAAACUAAUAAUAACACUCUGGGAGCUUCCUUUCUAUUCAUCCCUAUUGAAUUGUUUCCAAACCACGCAAAUUCGCCGUAAUUGCAGUCUUGCAGUAAUAAGAAAUUAUGAAACGGUUUUAUAUCUUCCGAACCAAACAGCAUAAUGGGGCCAGGACGGUCUGUGGCACUGAAUUUACACCUGCUCUAUAUCAAGUAAUUGGAAAAUAUGAAUAUGCCAAACUAAUUCAGCGACUUUAAGCCGGAGGAAGCCAUAAAUUCAAUCAUGCGACAAGAUGACGUCCUGAAACAACUGAAACUUGCGUCCUUUUUGUGGUAAAUGAAGUGAAAACAAAUCCAACAUAUUUAUUUUAUUGAAGUCUUUCUCUGCUAUUCUUACAUAAACUAAAAUACGUUGUCACAAUGGUGUAUUUCUAAAUACCGUUGAGGAUGAGAAAUUCCCAAUCUGUGAGUGAAUACUAACACAAACAUUUAGACACUGUUAUGACUGGCAAGGUUUUAAUCGCUUGAGGGUUUCCAUUGACUGUGAAGUGCUUUCGGCUGUUGUCAUGAAAGCGUUUCAGCACCAGCCAAUCAGGUGAAACACAAUAAGAGAUAAUUUGCGUUAUGCAUUACUUCAUUUCAAAUUGACACCAAUGGCCAAGUUUUAAUUUCACAUCUUUGCUUACUGUUUCUUCUCUAAGACUUGGUGAAUUUCUAUUACCAUUAUUGUGAAAAGUCGAGAGAAGGUAUGUGUUUUCUAUUCUGGAGGGAAAAUUUCUCAUCCAUGUAAUUGCUUUUGACAGCUUGCCAUUAUAAGUUGCGUUUUGUUUUCCAUCGAAGUUCUGUAUUCCACCCAUCAAUUGCAGCUGCAAUCGACAAGUUUCAUAAAAUUGAAGUGAGAUCAUCUUUUGCACUUUUCCAAACUGAUUUUUGAGCUAACUAAUCUGUCGUCCAACAGUUAUUUCGCGUUCACAUUUUCUGUAAACCAGAAUCGGCGUUCGUGGAUGAAGUUUGUUAUGUCUUAUAUUUUACACACUUGUUUACCAAAAGCCUUGACUUUAAAGGCGGUGCAAUGACAAAAUAGCAAUAAAAUUGCAAUAGAUCGUAAUUAAACUUUGAUCGGAUAUAAUUGUUAGAAUUAAAUACGAAGCGAGCCAUAGUGUUUCGUUGUGUUAUCACGGAUUCAUAGAAUAGUUUGAAGUCAAGUGAUUUCGGAAAUGAAAAGAUAUUUUUCAGUGUUUAAAACAGUUACUCGUUGAUAAGCGUUUUAAACAGGACCGACAGACACUAGUUAUUAUACACAGGAUGGGACACAAAUUAUAAAUUCAACGAUGGUUCAUGGUUUGAUCGAAUUUUAUUUAAUUUUGAUGUACUUGAUGAACUGAACCAAUAGCCAUCUAGAGAAUGACAGGUUAUCUUUGGUCUUGUUACCAAGCAACCCCUUAGAAACUGCAAUGUGAUCAGUAGAGCAGACCAAAACUUUUAAAAUAAAAAAUUUGCCGAGAAAAAAAUAGUAAUUCUAUAUUUUAAAGCAUCGUUCAUGGAAUCAUCUUUGUCGCGAUGGCUACCUAAAAGUUGUCACAUAUCUGGUAUUAAUCACGUAAUCCUACUGAGGUAUUUAUUAUGAGGAGAGCCGCUGGCAAAAUAUAUUUGUUCAACACAAGCUGUGAACAUAGACCAAAUUCUUCGCUGCGUGCAUAGGGCGCUCACUGAUGUACACUAUAAUAUUCGUUUAAAACUGACACCUGUACAACGUGUUUUUGCAUAAAUUAUGGAACCUGCUGAGAUGAUGGUAGAAACAAAUAAUUGAUACUAAUUCAAAACACUUUAAAAAUCCUUCAUAGUCAAUAAUUUGAGUCGUAGAGCAUUAUUCGUCUCUCAGCUGGGUAACAAGGUUACUCUUAAAUCUUAAACUUAUCCCCUUCAAAAUUUCUUUCUUGUUUAUUUACUUGUUUCAAAUUCGUUGUCACUAACAUCAAACUAGACUGAGGAGAACAUUGACUUAGAAGUACAUAAAUAUGAAGCAACAUGUCUCUGAUUAUGAAUUAACCAAUCAAACCAUUUAUAUCAUUCAUUAGUCGUUUAGGUGGGAGAAUAAGUCAACUAGUUGGUUGAAAAAAAAUAGAAAAAAAAAGAAGAAAAAAAGAAAAAAAAAAGAAAAAUUGAUAUAAAACAGGAAAACAAUAUAAAGUAUAAACAUAAAACGAAACCAAACACAUAACAAUACGAAGAAAGAAAAUAAACUAGAAAUUAAUUUGUUGACAAAAGAAGUGAAAAAGAUAGUUCCAAAAAGCAUAUCUAGUAUAUCUUCAACCUGACAGUUGUAGAAAAACGAGCUUGCAGCACUGAACUAAGGUAAGAAGCAGUGGGUCACCUUACGUGUACUGGCGGGCCUGCCCGUAAUUGAGAGCGUGCCACUUUCACAAUCCGCUUCAAAUAAUUGUACACACCGGAACUUCUUCCCACGAAUGAGUUAAUUUUUGGUUCUGUUGCGUCGGAAUACCAAAUAAUUGCGAAAUAAUUUGCGUCACACGACUAAUUUCCUUUGUACUGUUACUUUGCCAAAAAAUAUUAAUAAAUGAGUGGGCUGAAACUUUCACUGUUUCGUGGUUUCGGCCGAAGAUGUAAUUUCAAGUUUUCUAGACAAAUGACGAUGACGAAUCCUUGCUAACUUGAUGUCAAAUUCGCCAGAGGAGUAAAUUUCAUGCGUACACACCUGCGGUAAGGAAAAUGAUCUCGUAGCAUGAACAAAUUUUAAUCUCCCACCACGCUAAAUUUAAAUAUUUAUUGGACAACAAAGACGAAUAACUUGUUUAAUCUUACUAAAAGCACUCCUACUACUUUGUUUAAUUUUUGUUAAAACGUGGUUUUAAGGAUUUUAGAAAGGGUUUAAGAAGGAUUUUAUAGAACCAACGUCAUCGAAUCCUUUUUCCAUUUCAUUCAGACAAAGCAUGAACUUCACCUUGAUGUCUUUUCAUAAAACAUUUCCCAUGACAACUGAAUUACCUAACAGGAACCAAGAAAACAAAAUUAGCAGCAGCAAAGAAAACGGCUGAUAUAAUCAGUUCGAGACCUCUGAAAAUGCAUGGAAAAAAAACACCAUGAUGAUCAUUUCAGAAAACUACCUGCUUUAAAAUAUUAACACUGACUCCCACAAGUGACCAAAAAGCAAUUACAUCUUGGAUUAUCAAAAUAUGGCCUGGUAAGUAGGCGAAAAAUUUGAGAAAGUUAUACACAAGGGAAAACUGUUUCGUUUCAAACCACACUCUCAAAAUUAAGAUUUUAAGUCCGUCUUCGCAUAGCAGUGUAUGCUAUCUUAGGAAGUGAAACGUUUAGCUAAGACGACAGUUCUGAUGUAUCAUAUUUUCCAAUAUUCCUUCCGUUCAAAUUAUCAUUUUGACUCUCAUGUCGUAUUACUACAUGCAGAAAUAAAACGAGAAUAGAUAAAUUUAGUAAUAUUAAGAGACCCUUAUUUAUCAAAUUAUUCUGUUUACAAUUUGGGCUACCUUAUGUAAACAUUGCAGAUAUGCAAUUGAAUAAUUGGCAGGUUGAAGAUAUUAUUGAAGCACUCAUUGGUGACUUUUGAUGGUGCUAUCAACCAAGAGUUGGUCUGUUGUAGCAGCCAGAAGAUCAUUGAACAGAAACAAUAACAAUUAAGAAAGCAGAGAAAAAAAGGCCGACAUUUUGUCGUCCAUGCUACUCGUGCAGUUUAUUGUUUGACUGUUCUAAAACUGAUACGGUGUUAAUUGGAAUUUUUUAUUUUUCAACGACAAACAAUAUUCGCCUUCGAAGCUGUCCAGCAAAAUUUCGCCACUGUUCGAGUUGUAUAUUCUUAAUCUGACAUCGCUAAGAUUCAUCAUGAGUCUGUACAUUGUGAAUGUUGAGUUUUUGGAACGAAUAAUCAACGCAAACGAAUUAACUCCUGUUUGCGCAUAUUUGCCGCCAUACCGUGCUAACCAUGUCGUGAGAAAAGUCACCGUGAAAAUUAUGAAUUCUUCAUUGAAAAACUAGUCAUAUAUAUUUCAAACAAAGUUUCUAAAGAAAGUGACAGAAUUCCUGAGAGACAGCUAUUAUUGAGCAAUUAGAUUUUUCAUUUUUUCAAUUUUUCUGAUCCUUGUCAUUUUCCAAAGAUAACGCGGUUUUGUUCUUUUUCCACAAGUAAUCCAAAGUAACUUAAAUCCCACAGAUUAUUCACGGGUCCUUUUCGUGAAUGUCUGAUUUCAUUUUCUUUAAAAUGCGGAUCUACUCUAUAAAUCUCGAGAACAUAAACCAAAUUUAUUUCAAAGUCACUGAAAUUUGCAUAAGGCUCACGUACGGAGUGUUUUUUUAAAUAAAUCAUUGUAAGCAAGAGAUUAAGAUAUCUCAAGAAAUAGUAGGCACAACCUCAAUCAAUGAAAACUUAGACAAUUUCCUUGUCACGUCAUUGUUAUGAUAUACCGGAAAAAUAUUCGAUGACUUCUGCUCGGAUUUCGUGUUCCUCUUUCAACUGAAUAAUUCGUGCACUUAAAUAUAUAUAUAUAUAUAUAUAUAUAUAUAUCCAUAGGGAUAUGAAAACUUGUGUUUAAAUAAAUAUCUUCAUCUUUUCGAUAUUUACUUUCAAAGUGCACAAAAUACUUAAGCAGUAUAUUUCUUUUUAUAGUAUGAUAUGGAGAACAAGAAUUUAAAAUUGUAUCAUUUUGACUGAUUUGGUCUCAUUCAAAGUAUGUUUUUGCCCAUCUAAACCUUGACGUUUCAGAUCCGCCUUUUAGGAAAAACAUUCAAUUUUAAGAUAUGUCUCAUCUGAAAUUGUUAUUACACAAGUGAUUUUUACCAAAUGUAAAAAAUAGCCCUGGCAACUUGGUAAUUAGCAUUUUCUCAAGUUUCAUUUGGUGUUUAUUGGCCAAACAAACAGACGAGCAUUUGCAGCUCGUAAGGAACUGCUUAACCACGUAUCAUUUGAUUCUGUAAAAUAGGGCUUCACUCGGUCAUGUUUUACUCUCAAGUCACUCGAAAACUGUUCACCUUGUUAAAGGAUGGCUAGAAUUGUACAAUUCACUUCUCGUAUCUUCCAUUUAGUUGAAUCAAAUGAAUGCAACGCGGUGAUUCAUUAUCACAGGGAGGGUUGGUAUUCAAGUCAGAGGCGAAUAUCAACAAGGUUAGCAGGUUGGUAGAAAAGCAAGCAAUUCAAGCUGACCUGUGACAAAAUAUGUUCUACGUUUGUUUAACAGCUAAUCCUAUUAAAUUUAUUCAGGUCGAGGAUCCUGAGCAGAGCCUUUUUUUUAGCAAAAAAAUAGCAAUCGCUCUCUUCUAAUCAGUUUGGAAUGCUAGCUGAGCUCUAAUAUAGCAGUGAACAUGGGAGUCUGUGCGAAAAAGCCCAGAGUGCUGUGUUGUCUAUCGAAACGAAAAACGCCAACUGGGUGAACACGCUAGUUUCAAGAAAUUUUUUUAACUCUUUUAGUUUUCAGCAUAAUUCAUGUUGAUAUUGUUGUCAUCAGAAACUGGACAAAAUUUGUAAAUUACAGUACUGAAAAGUAAGCAUACGUAUUUUAAUUGUAGAAAAUAGAAAUUCACUGAGCUAAUCCAAUAAAGGCAAAUUUUUUCGAAGCAAACAUUAUUUAAUUACAACAGAGGAUAUUAUAAUAUGGAUGCAAAGUUCUUUCAAAUCAAAUCUGACAAGCUAGCCAAAAAGUAUGGCGGUAAUUGAUGGUCGAGUUGGAGGCUAAUGAAUGAAUAUUUCUGCCAUAACUUUUUUGAGAAAAAAUAAGCAUUUGACAAGGAGCAUUCAGAAAUUUAGAAAUUUGACGCCCAAGAAUCAGUGAAUCGUCGUCAUUUAAAAGAAGAGGGAUUUUCAAAUUUCUUUGAAUUUUGGCAGAGACCUAAUCGAGAAUAAAUCAAUUUAGUUUUUCAAUCAUUUCCGGAAGCGUUAAAAAACCACGCAGACAUCCAUUGAAUAAUAAUAUGUUCCUCAGCUUAUUCUGUUCGUCUGCCGACUAGCUUUUAAGCAGAAUACAGAUGUGCCACAUUUUUCUCUCGGAUCUCGGAGCAAGUUCACCCCGACUCGGGCCUUUUCUGUUUGACUGAAGCCAUCAAACACGGGCUGUAACAUAGACCGCAGACUGUUCAUGGCGCCCUUUAAAAGGCAGUGCUUGCGUUGCCUCAAGCUAAAAAACCAGAGGAUUUUAACUGAAAAUGUAGCUAGAUUAAGCCUAUUGUUCAAUUUUAAAAGCUAUUUUUUUUCAAAUACUCAACACAAUUCAUAGCUCUUGACCCAUUUCGCCCGAAAAUUCAAUUUAAUCCCUAAGUGUAUGUUGCAGGAAUGAAAGCAUGUUUCGAUUUUACGGCUAACCAAGUAACAUCAUUCCCCAGUUUCGAACUUUGCAAACAGUAGAACUGCUCGACAAUUAAAAAAAAACACAGGCGUGUCAAAAAAAAGUCAAUUAGAAAGUAACAUUUCAUUUGCAGAGAUUACGUCGUAAGUCAGUUUACGCUGUGGUCUACAAAAUCAUUUUUGGUGGACGUCCAGCGAUUUAAUAAUUUUCAAAAGCAUUCAAUGUUACAAAAAAAUACAAGGAAAUUGAGAAACUGCACAAGGAUUAGUUUCAACAACUGAUGGCAUGAUGUUGGCUAUCGUUAGGCCAAGCUUCAAUUUUCUGUUUGCUACUAACUCAAAAGAUGUCCAUGUAUCCUUGGGAUAACCAAUUUACGGUUAAUUUUUUUUUCGCGUCGAUGUGAAGGGGUAACCCAAGCACGAUACGCGUUCGAGAGUCAAAUUCACAAGAUUGAACCAAAUACCAUGUCUACCUACUGAAUUUACUUUAUCUAUCUAUGUUAAAGAACCUUUCAAUAGGAUUUUGUACAUUUGUAACUAAUUCACCUAGAACAAAUGUAAGGUGCAAAGUUUUUUUCCGGCCUCUGUGCAUUUAAUUAAGGUCACCAAAUAAAAUCAGCCUUGUAAAUUUACUUGAAUGCUUUAUUGACAUUCAAUAGAAGUUACAAUGCAAUCCUUACAAAAUCCAAGUAAUUUGUGAAACGCAUAAAAGCCUAGUAACUAGAAGCUCCUUUGAAAACAAUGGUAGCAGUUGAUGUACAGUAAACAAAAAUGUGAAAAUUCAAUGGGAUCCACGACUCCCACCGAAUGUGGACAUCCCUUCUUUAGUCUUGGUAACAAUGAAAAAGCCUCAAAGAGAAGCGGAGACGUUACGUAAUCGUGCCUAGGAUAUCUAGAAGCGAACCUGGAUCCAGCAAGGAUUGUUAGACCUUCACAUGAUAAAGGCAAGACUUGAAAGGGAUAUUCGAGGAGGUCUAUAGGCUACGCCGGUAAAAAGCAAAUGCAUUUUCAUUUACAAGGAGCACAAACCAUGAUCCAUUGAAAAUAGAUUAUGGAAACAAAAGCCAUUGGCAACGGCUUUGCGAUUGACAAAAGGGUCAUUUCAUUACGGUUGAGCUCGACUCCGAACAAAUAAUUAUUUACUACGAAAUAAGCGUCGAAAUUCACUUCGACCAACUUAAUUCUUUUCUUUUUCAGUGUUUUAUAAAAAGUUGGAUUCCAACAUUUAGGCUGAGAGUAUGAAGUACACUGUAAACGGUUCAAAUUCAAACUUAAUCUCCAUAAACAACACGCAGUGAAUUAGCUAGUAUAUAUUAAACUAUCACGUUGUUUAAAAAAGAGAGACUUCGUUCUGUACACACAUUUUUGUACACUUGGACACGCAAAGGAUUCACAGUCUGUUGGUGUUAUUUCAUUAACUUGUGGUAAGGCCAAAUUGUACACAAGUUUACUGCAAUAUUUUGACCUCUUAAAGCCUUCAGUUACACCUUUAAGGCAACCCAUCAUUUAAGUGAUAAUAACGGUGAUUUAACUACUGUUCACGCCUCCCUUACGUACCAUUACUAAUUAGUAUUAAGCGAACCGUCGCAAACUCUGCUCAUUUCAUUUUAAUUACCGCCCAAUUUUUGACGUAAUAUUCAAAGGAUCCUAUCAAUCUUAGAUGAGACUGAUGACAUUUGUUUGUAGCGGCUGUCUUUAAGAGAUUCCAGUGAUAUUCGAGCAAUUACCACAUCGCCUAAAGUAUUUGAGUAGCCACGCAUGACACCGCAAAUAUCGUACCAUCGAGUUUAAGGUCUUGUGUGCUCGAUGUUUUGCAGACAGCGCUGAAGCACCCCUGACCAUUGCCAAAGGAUGGACGUCACCUUAAGAAAGCUCUAUUUGGGACUGUUAUUGAUCUUAGAAGCCAUUAACAGUGGUUGUGCUCAAGGUAAACAAAGUUGUUUGUUAUAUCAUUUCUUUCUCUAAACCACAGAGAAUGGACACUGCGUUUAAUUGUCCUUCUUUUUAUGCACUCCGCGUGCUUACGUUUAUUUUGCAUGCCUUAAUCCGUUAUAAACGGCAACUUCACAGCCAUGAUAUAAAAUUAACAUUGAUCAUUAAAAUGUCAAGUUAUUUUAACUCGUCAUUUCAGCGAUUUCAGUGAUAGCCAGCAACUCCGGAGAGGAGACUGAAAAUAUAGAAAGAAAAUUAUACAAACCAGCUCCGUCUACAGCUAGCUAAUAAGAACAAAGUGUAUAUUAGCUGACAGUACUAAUAAGCGGGAAGGGACUCUUGAAUAAGUUAACACUACAGUACAACGCUACAACCGUUCUAAAAUCAUCUACGCUCCUCCCCCAUGACUGAGACGUGAACUUUUGGAAACCCAGGGAACUAAUUUCAGUUUGUGGCAUUCGGUGCUGCAUGGUACAAGUUACUGCGACUUAAGUUACCACUUUUGACUGAAAUGUUGUUCAACACUUGAUGGUAUCACUAUUUGUUCCGGUUUCUUUCAACCAGCUUCUUUGAACUUGAAACAAUAACUGUUGGAGUGUGCCAAAAGUCAAAGGGAAAAGCCGGAAUGACCAGACGAAGCGUAAUGACACGUUUGCGAGGGAUGGAAUAGCCAUUAAGCUGUACUUACUAUAAAAGUCACUUUUUUAAAGCAUUUUUUUCGACUGAAUGAAAUUCAUUACUUAAAAAUUCUAGGAUACUCCAAGAAUGUUCGAUUGGCCACAUUUGUUGCAACAAAACAAUAUCCACACCAAGAUGAUUCAGCCAUCCAAGCAUUCAAACUGGGAACCAUCUGCUACGCUUUUCGAGAUCCUUUACUUUAAAGCCGCAUUGUCUCGUUCUCGUUGUCUCCGGGUUUUCAGCAAUACUUUCUUGCUUUUUAUUUCAAACCUUCCGUUUCACAUCGGCAUGAGUGAGUGAGUGAAAACCAAUUUGAACCCAAGAAGAAAACAAUGUAUACUCUUUGUCACUGCUACCUUAACACUAAUCUCCUCUAUGCUUCAGUUUCUCCUUUAUGUCAAUUCUAACAUCUUCUACUUUCAAUCAUAAUUAGUCAUAGAUCAUCAACAUUUGUAGCUGUUGUUAUCAUUAUAUCACUAAACUUAUUCACAGUGACUUUCGCGUGAUAAGCUGGAAACUUGAAAAAAUCACUUGAUGCGAAUUGUUGGAGUGAGACUCGAGACAAUCCCACUGAGUAACCAAAUAUCACCUAACUUUGACAUCGUAAUUGUAACUGGAUGAGUGUAACCCGUUAAUGACAAGUUAUAACUGUCAAUGUUUAUGUAAACACGCUUACUGAAACUUGUUUCAUCUACUGGCCCAACUUGUUCUCAUAAUAGUUGUUUAAGCUUUGAAUGUAUCAACAAUAAUGUAAGUUGACACAUUUUAUAUGUCAGCAAACAACCGAGCCUUUAUAUCAUUGUCGAGAAGGUGCAGAAGACCUUAUAACUAACACUCAUCACUCUUACACGCACGAGAGAGCAAGAAUUGGUUAUCAGCAAUGUUCAAAGAAAUUGCUCUCUCACAAGCAGUGAAAACAUGUUUACUAAAAUACUUUAGGAUCACAGAUUCAUAACUACUAGCUCUAACUAUAUUGUCUAAGUCUUACUUUUUAAAUAUCUCUAGGAAACCACGAAAAGGAUUACGAACACAUGUUGAUGCGAGACCUUUUCAGAGACUACAACAUGGACUCCCGCCCUGUAUUCAACAAAAGCACAGCAGUGAAUGUGGAGUUAGACGUGGCUUUUAGCCAGCUUGUCGAGUUGGUAAGAACGUACAAACACUUUGGGUUUGAAUUUCUUAUAAAAAAUACCUCAUUAGCUAAAUAGGCUCUUUUGCCAGAUGGACAAGCACAUACAUUGUAAAGCCGAAAUUAUUUAAUCAUUAUUAGCAGAGACUGACCUAGAAAUUGGCGACGACAAAUACUUUACCCCCAGCUGCUAUCUUUGAAAAGUGAACCGGCAGAUUGUCAAUAGAUAUUUGCAAAGUGAGCCUUACACAAUCAUGUUAAACAAAUUUAUACAACAAUGAAAACGAUGGAAUUCUUAGAAGAAACAAUGCCCAUUAUGUUGUCAACUUUAAUCAAAAUACCAAGGAUAACGAUUGUAUUGUAGCAGUUGUACAUGAGUGCACUAUAGACGUAUCACAAGUCACUCAUUACUAAGAAAGCAGAAAAGAUUGCAAAACAACAUGCACCUGUUGCUAAAUGGCACAAACAUCACUUUUAGAAAUUUCAGUGAAAGUUGAGGAGAUUAUAGAUACACGAAUGGCUCCUGGAAAUCUCCGCUACCGUGUUGCAACUAACCCCUCGGUAGCUUACCAAUUAGGUGAUUUAUAUUAAGUUUUGUUUCGGGUGAUGAAGCGUUCUAUUUGUGGUAAUUUACAGGAGUGAUCCGCAAUUGACAAAUGAUUGUUAAUGUUUAUAUACCUACCAUCGCAUUUGUUAUUAGAUCCCUUACAAGCUAUAACACAACGAUUUCAAAAGCUUCAUGAAUUCCAUAUCUCAAACAUCCAUCUCUUGAAGAAUGAUAGAGAGCAAACAAUUAAAUCGUCACAUGUGGAAAAGGAAUUUCAUUACCAAAGUAAUGAGUCCUAAAUUUUCUUUAAGAAAGAAUGCCGAGUACAAGUUUCCCCAAAGUUGAAAAAAAUUUACUAUGAGGUUCAAUAAAUCAGAACACCAAAAAUUACCAACAUACCCUCUGCAGUUUCACGCACACAGGUCAUAUAUAAAUGCACCAGAAGCAAAGAUUGCGUAACGCCUAAGAUCGUUGUGAAUCACUUGUUCCCAAUCAAAAAUCUGAAGUACAAAAUGUUUCUCUGAACUUUCUCUCAUUGAAAUAUCUGGAAAUCAAAGUAAAGAAACUGGAUGUAAAAUAUUCUACCCUAAGCUAAAAAAGUAAGGUCGAUGAGACAAUCAAUCGCUUAGGAAUGAUAUUUUGCUGUAUUUAUUUCAUACAAGGACGGCAAGGAUCAAAUAUUAUCAAGCAAGAUAUGGAUUCGCCAGGUAAGCUUCAUCCACUUCUUGAAAUAUCUCGUUAAAUAUUGUAUUUCCUAAGAUCCCAUGCGAAUGAGCUGACUUCAUUUUGUUAGUUCGUAUGUAGAUGAUUGUGAUGCCCAAUUAUGUAAUGAUAACAUAGCCAUAGAAAUUAGGAGUUGGACCCUAGUCCUUCUGCCAUCAAUUGCUUGACUGAUAGGUAAUUCCCGAUGUUUUUUUACUUGAUUUUGUUAGAAAUGGAAUAAUCCUUUCCUUGCAUGGAAGCCAGACAAAUACAAUAACAUUAGUGUUAUCAACGUAGACCCAAAGUUGGUUUGGAAGCCAGAUCUCGUCUUAUACAACAAGUGAGUACGCAGCCUAAUGCCAACUUAAUGGCCAGUAUGCUUCGUCAUUUCACUCUUUUCGACAGAGGUUAAAUGACCAGGUUGGUACAUUCCUUAAACUCAGGGAACAUAAUCCACGUUGAUCAAGAAAUCUACGCCAAUCUACCUUUCUGACAAUUAUCACUCCUUUAUAGCUUAAAGAUCGUGAUUAACCAACGUUCAUUUACAGGAAGAGAACUUCCAAAUCAGAAAAUUCUCAUAUUCUGGUUCCCAUUUCCAUUUCCAUUUUAUCUCAGUGCAAAUCUAUCGAAAGAUCAGAGUUUUCACAGGGAUUGGGCAUUAUUCCAUAGAGCUUAUACAUUGCUUUAGACAAAAGUUUGCGAUCUUGUUUUCCACAGCAUUGGUAUUGGCCAGACGGGAGCGAUAUACAACUUUGACACAAAAGUGGUCAUAUACAGCGACGGAACUCACUUUUGGUAUGCCCCAACUGAGAUCAAAAGCAUCUGUAAAAUCGACAUCACCUACUUUCCAUUUGACGAGCAAAUAUGUCCACUCACCUUUGGUUCCUGGACCUACACAGGAGUUCAUUUGAAUCUGACGAAUAAAGCGCCAACAGCAGAUCUGAGCAAGUACACGAUCAGCGGCGAAUGGGAAUUAGUCGCCAUGCCAUCAAAACGCAACGUUGUUAAGUACAGUUGCUGCCCAGACCCCUAUAUUGACGUUACGUACAAGGUUCACGUUCGUCGCAAGGUGCUCUUCUACCUGACUAAUCUGAUCUUACCUUGUGUUGUACUUGCAGUGCUAACAGUGUUUUCGUUUAGCCUGCCACCCGAGUCAGGCGAGAGGAUUUCUCUUGUCAUAACUAUUCUACUGGGUCUAACAGUGUUCAUGUUGGUGUUCACAGAGAACGUUCCCCGCACUUCAGAGGUGAUUCCGCUGAUUGUGAAGUACGCAUUCACAGUCAUGUGCGAGGUUUCAUUCGCCCUGCUAAUCACGUGUUUCAUCGUUAGGAUUUACCACAAAGAUCCAGGCAAACCCAUGCCGGCAUUCUAUCGUUAUAUCACGUACAAGUUGCUAGCACCAGUCCUCAGAAUGCAGCCUCUUCCGGCAGGGCAUCAUGAUAGACGACACUGCAAGGAGCAUCUCGAGAGGACGAAGCACAGCCACUUUCGUCACCGCAAACCUCGUGCAUACAUCAGCAAACUGUUCGGCAACUACCCCAAAGAGACCAGCUGUCGAUUAGAGUUAGAUAAGCAUGGGGACGACAUCACUGACGUAAGCUCGGGGACUUCGAGGCAGUCAGACCCAAUGAAAUGUCCUUCGUUAGAUAAACUAGAAGACAUAACAUUUGGUUUGCACGCCAUCAUCGAUCACUUAAAAGACAUUAAGGCCAACGAGUUUAACAAGAAUGACUGGCAUUUCGCAGCAAGAGUGCUGGACACUUUCUUCUUUUGGCUCUUAUUAAUAGCAUUUGUAAUAUCGACAACUUUGUUUUACUUCUCAAUUCCAUGAUUCUAGUGCUUCGAUGCUGGUAAUUGAACGUAGUUAGCAAACCACAGUAAAUGGUUGUAAACGGAUCCAUUGAUGAUUGCGAGCUUCGUAGGGUUCAGUUGAUUUGAAUAAGUCAGAGUGGUGGAUUGAUCUUCAAGAAUAGGCACUGAUAUCAGUAAGAACGUGAAUAGCCUAUAGCCUCAAAGAAAGGGCACUAUCGGCAGCGUGGGAAAGUCUGUACACUUUUCCACGUACAAGAUCUAAAUAUCACCUCUCAGUACCAUGUGCAAUGACUUUUUCACUCUAAGAAGUUGGCGCUGAAAGCUUUUGGCGUUAAAACCGUUAUCACCUUUCCACCUGAAAAUGUUGUGAUAUUUCAAAUAGAAAGUCCUCUUUGGUCACUCCUGGCAGUGAAAGUCUUUAAAGGAGCAAUGUUGCUAUAUUUUGACCUAUUUCGUGGCGUUGUGCAAAACUGCUUUUUUUUCAAGGUAAUUACAGAAACGUAUAACAAAAAUUGAAGAAAUAAAGUUCCAACGGGGCACAAGAAUGGCAAAGAUUAAAACAGAUUGCUCAGAACAAAAUUGAAAAAUUUAGGCGAAACACAAAAUGUGAUUUCGCUCCCUUGAUAAAACGAGGAAGAGUUAAUAAUUGAGUGGCAUCUUUAGAAGCCAUGUGCAGCCUCAUAAACACGACUUAGGCUAAACCUUCAAAUUUACAACUAGUAGGACAAUGUAGAUGAGGUACAUUGUAAUUGAGUGCUUAAUGUUGAAAGGCUUAGUAUAGUAUAUAGAAACUAAUAAUUUGUAACACUUUCCAAGUUGGUGCCAAGGUCAUAAUUAGAGAAUAGCAUUUAAAAAAUGUUUAUUAGAGACUUUUUAAUGCUUGCGAAACAGAAAAAUACGUUGUAGAAGGUUGUAGAUAGCAUAUUGAACACAUAAGAGCAAUUUUCGGUUGAGUUUCCUUGAAUCCCAGCGAAAACAGUCUCAACAACCGAUCAGAAUUUGGGAAAAAAUCAUAAGGAUAAGGAACCAAUAAGAACUAAAUCUGAAAACAAGGAAACUGCCUGAAGCGCGGGAAAAGGCGAGUGACCAAGUCGCGCUUGGUUUUAGUUUUGUUUUCUACUUGGUAGGUGGCGUUCAUUUUCUGGACCAACAACAGGGCUGAGUAAACCAAAACCAGUGCACUCUCGCUGAUUACUUUUGACUCACAACUGAAAAUUGCUCUAUACGUGCGAAAUGCAUAGCGGUUAUUCGCGGUUCCUUUACAAAGGAUAUGUAGCUACGCCAAAAAAACUACUGGUCAGUUCAAACUGACCAUUAAACCCGUAAACCAUAUAAAAAUUUUUUUAAUCUUUUGAAAAUGAUCACAAUCCCAUAUAAUUCGGUGUAUUUUUUGUGUUAUAAUUUUUCUAGUAAUUGAGUUAUUAAAAAUAUCUUGUCGCUCUAAAAUACUUGUUCGGAAGGGGUAGCGCAUGCUUACCAUGUAAAUGGACUUGAAAAUAAUAAAAAAAUAGUGAAUUAAGUAUUUACAAGAACUGAUAACUUGUAUCAGCAUCAGUUUGUCCCUUUUCCCUUGACCACUACGAAAUAGAUUACACUGCCGCUCCCCGAUGUCACCGGUCAACUUGGUUGGGCGUGGUCGGAAUAGCAACUUUGAAGCAAGUUUUUGAGUGAAAACAGUUGCCUUUUAUGGAAAGAAUUCUUUUCUUGCAAGGAGUUUUGAUAUUGAUCGGACAGUGCAGCAGUGGAAAUACCUGAUCAUCCAUAAGAAUGCAAUCAAAAUGCAUUUACAUUUGGUCCUUUGUUGGUCUUUCAAUAAUUCAUGAGCUUCCUCGUUAAUUUGCACAACCUACAUUUCUAUAACUACUAACUCCAAUUUUCGAUAAACUCCAAGGAUUGUUUCACAUCUAGGAAACAUCCAUGACCAAAAAGGAGAAUCAUUUUUAAGGGUGCUAAUCUGUUGGUAAUAUAACUACUGAAAAGAACGCUUGAGGUUUGCAAACAUUUGCGAUUAGCUUUCAAAUAAAUUUCGUCUUGUUGCUUUAAAGUCCUUGACGAAUUCUACCAUUUUUGAUAAAGUUGCUUUAUUUAGCCUAAUUUUUAAGUCCAGCUUUUUUUCUACCUGUCUUCUCUCACUGGGAAACAAGCAUUCCUAAAAUAUUGACCAAUUAAAUUUGAUCCUCUCAGGUGAAAACCAAUCAGGAAGAGCAAUUAUAUAAACGGACGCGAGGUAACUUAAUUGGGGUCGGGAUUGUUCUUUGUAGGUAAUUAUUCGAGAAGUAUCUAGCAGUAUUGAAGAAAAGAAAUUUCAUUUUCUUGCCAGAAGGACCUGGAUGAGAAUAAAAACAGUGAAUAGAAAGAUGAGAUCCCCACUCAAGCAUAGCAGUUGACGAGGAAGACGAUUCAUUAGUAUUUUCCUGACAGGUAGGAGUAUAAAAAAAUGGGAAAAUAAUCAUUGGAAAUAUCGAGAAUUUAAAUCUGCAUUGGAAUUACGUACAUUUUCGUAUGAUUUCACCUCGGAAGUUGGAGGGUUUUUUACAUGAAGUCAACUGAUAUAUGAAUUAAGCUUGAAGGAAUAUCAUCGCUGACGCUUCCUCUCGCGUAAGAGGCUUAAAGUACAAAAGACGAACAUGAAAAAAAAUAUAUAUUCGAAAGCUCCACCGGCACUGCACUUUCAAUCGUUCUUUGCUCCGUGAAUUAAGCGAAGUUGUCUACAUUUUGUGGCAGAUCACUGAGUUCUGAAUUGAGAAUGUUAUAGGAUUUGUUUAGAAUACAACUGGUCAGUGUUUUCAGUUAAAGAUCAGUAAAGAAUCUUUUGGCUAGACUCCAACCUUAAAAACAAGGACGGAGGCCAAAGAGCUCUUCGAGCUUUUGCCUGGGUUUCUAUGUAAUCCUCUAUCUGCGAACGCAAAAAUAGCAAGUUCAUGGUUGAGCAACGCACGUAUAGUUGUAAAGCACCGAGGAAGUUCACAGACUCCCAGCCGGGAUAACGAUCCCUCGUUUCGUGCUCCCCGCGUCAAAUAAAUAGAAAGAGACAUGCCUACUCAUAAAGCGAAUGUCAACCACCAAGUAUAUCACAUAAACUGGUCAACUGCCAAACGACCUUAAGAUGGCCAAAAAAAUUUGUUCAUUAACAAAUAACCCAGAUUAGAAAAAAAAAAUUACGCUGAUAUUUCAUUGGUAACACGUUCACAUCUGUUCUACUAUUUUAAUAAUAUUAUUGCAGUAAUUUCAGAGAAACACGACAGUGUUUUGGUAUUGCGAAUCCUGAAAUAAUUAACUUAAAACCGGAAUAUACGUGCAAUUGUAGUCUGUAGACUUAUUAAAUGUCGGUAUUUUUUAAAAAAGCGCUCAGUCUUAGCCGAUAAUUUUUGGGGUAAAAAGAAUACGCGUGGUAAAGAAACGAAACCGCCUCCUGGCUAAAAGUACAGACUACAAUAAGCAAUUCGGUCCUUGGAGGCGCAUAACAAUGUUUUCACGCCGCUAACUCGAAUGCAUCUCGCUAUCUGUUGACAACUAACAGAAAAAAAAAAUGGAGAAUUUCACCCUGAAUAAAGUCGCGCUAAGCAGAUUUAAAUGAUUAUCAGAAUAUUUAACUUCCUGUUUAAACUAAAUUCUCCACUCAAAGACAAACACCGCUCGGUAAAGUUUAUUUUUUCCUUGGAAAGCGUAAUUCCCGACAGGUUGCAUCUGAUUGCAAUAAAGUUGUCAUGGUAAAAUGAAAUUCUCAGAAAGACUUAAAAGGAAUUAUUCACAUUUAAGCCUUCUAGCGCAAGUUAAAGUAGGAAAUGUGGUUUCAUCCCGUCGUUUCACUCCCUGACAGUAGACGUAAUUACGAUGGAAAAAAUUGAAAUAGAGAAAAACACUGAUCGAAUCUUUGAAAAAUAUCAAAAUGAUAGAGUGUAGUUUGCAUGACUAAUUUAUUUCCAUUCAGCUUUUUACAUUUUUAAUGUUCUUCUAGACAACUCUGGAUUAGGUGCAAGUUUCAGCAAUUCUAAUGUCCAAUCUAAGCUGUAAACAAUAAAAAAUCCAGAAAAAUUUAAAUCUCGUGAGAAAAUACAACCAAAACUGACAAUGCCAGGAAACUCACUAGGAGACUUGACCGAAGAAAAAUGGCUUGGGAAAGACAAAAUUUCGAAAGGACAUCUUCUUCCAAUGGCAGAAAUAUCCUUGAUAUGACUAUUCAUGACUUAGUUUAGACACCCGUACGCUCUGAUGCUACUAUCAUUUUGACUCAAACACACUUUCAUUAUCUAUGCAUUGUAACUUUAAUCAUAAGUCAAAUGAAACGCUUCAAAAAAACUUAAAGAGAAAAAAGUAGAAAAAGGUUUGAUUGCGCUAAUGAAAUGGUUUUCCGAGACAACUUACGCGAAAUUCAGUUAACUUGCAAUGAUGUCACCCAACCUUUACUUGAUUGGCAAAGAUUCUCGAUUUUAAAAACCAGCUGGCGAAGCUGACAUGGUCGUUAAGAUUCAAGACCGAGCCCUGGAUACAAUUAGUUCACAAGUUCUCCUUAAUCAGCACUAGGCACCAGCAACGGCUUCCAAUUACUUGCAUAUUAAUCAAGUCUUUUCUCAGAGCUAUCGCUGAUGGCAAAGCCCACCGACAAAAAAUACUACUUAGGUAAAAUAUCACUUUUUUUGCUAUGAAAAGUGCACUGGACCAAAUGAUUAUUAAAAGACAUUUAGCUGUUCCAAAGUUCAGCAGAUAUGAAAGAAAAAAACUUUAAUAGUUUUCCACAGGUCUUUCCACAAUUCAUAGAGAAACAUUUUAAAAAUUAAUAUUGUUAAAAUAAAACAAUCAACUGCUGACCAGAAUUUGGAGAACCUUAAGAUUCACUCGACCAGCUUCCCAACUUUCUUUAUAAAAGUGUGAAAUAAUUUAAACGCCAAACGCUGUUCAGCUAAACACAUCAUCAAAUCAAGAAGCAUCCGUUAAAUCAAAUUUGGAAAUAAAAUAAAGGGUUGGAAGUUUUUAAUGUUGGACAAAAAGAUGCAAUUAAACCUUCCCUUUGACGUACACGGUCUCUUAGUUCACAAACCACUUCCGUAGGUGACCAGCUAGGAUGUAAUUAAUGGAUAAUAAAGAUUCUUAGUUCAAUAUGAGAGAAUCUAUUUUACAAAGGAUGCUAAUUUCACGAUCGUUCGCUAGAAUAACAAUGGUAGCGGGUUGUCUAGCUAGCGAAACGUCGCAUGGGCCUCGUUGACCCUCUUGAUAUUGCACCGUUCAUGUGUGACUUUACGCAUGACCAAGUUUCUGUUCACGUUUCUGUGCUUUUCUAUUCGUUGUCCAUAUUUUUCAAGUUAAACAGCCGAUCGAAUUAAGUAUUCGACAAAGGAAAUUUGAACAAAAUAUCGAUGCUUUACGAAUGUUUAUAACUUUGAAAAAAAUUGGCAGUACGGGAAGUUGUUACAAUUGUGGUGAGUUGUCGGUCAACCAGUUCUGUGAAGAGUUACAGCUGAUGUCUGUUUCGAUCUCUUCAGACUGAAUGCUCCACAAUUCUGCCAACUUAGUUGACUUCACAGUUCAUUUUCAAACAAUUAUUGCAAUUGUCAAAUUUAUAGAAUCACUUUUGCUGAUGAAUGCGUGAGUGAACAAAACCACAGGAUUUAUCAAAUUACGCAACAUUUCAAAACGUCAUCUACUAAUGCUGAGCGGAAAUUGUAUCUUUAAACAAAAGAAUUUGAACUUUCACUCUUCUGUUUGGUUUCCUUAGAUAUACGUUGGAGCACAAGCGCGCGUGAAAUAAAACGAUGCUCUGUUCAUUUGCUGGCAACGUUCACGGGACAUGGAGAGCCUUUGUGGUUACUGGAACAAUCUUGGGACUUUUAGAAGCUACUACAUCACAAGGUAAACAUAAAACAAGCAGUAGGUUUUAACUCGUCCACUUCAAUUUGUGUUUAGGCAUCUUCAAGUUGAAUGCACUUUCAGUCCCCAAAAUGUUCAGCAUCAUUGAUCCAGGGUCUUAUUCAAAUACAGUGCUUAAUUUUUUUCAUAAAAUUGUCAUUUUUGUGGUUUCGAUUCUAUCGAUGUUAAGUUAGUGUCAAUGUUUUGUUUACAGAAUUCAAUAACAGAUGCUUCUAAGAAAAAAGUACACAACCGACCAAUAUGUUAUUGUAAACAUUCUCUUUUCAUUCUCAUACCCUUACCGAUAAGUCUUCCAUUUCUCGAAAAAAAUUUGAAGAUUACUAAUGCAGUUGUAAAUGAAAACAGCUUCACAUAACUUUAAGUCCUACAGAAAACUUAAUCAUAAUAAUAAAAGAAAAGUUUUCCUUAUCCCAGAAAGGGUGUUAGGAUUCUAUUUUGACUCCCACGUUCAUCUGGUAAUCAAUGAUUGACGUAGAUGUGCGCGUCAAAACAACAUAUCAAAGCAAAGGUUAUCCUUAAUAUCUUCCAAUUUAAAUUAAUCAGAUCACCCAGUUGUAAGCUUAUAAACUAAUAAGAUAAAAUGGAAAAACAUUUCCUACCUAAUGAAAGGAAGUUCAUUCUUGCGUCAGGUCAGUUAUCCUUGAUAAAAUUCUGGAUCCAGACAGGUUAAGAAACAAACUUAUAGUUCAAAGUCAGAAUGGAACUGUGUCUAUUGGUCUGAACAGACUAGCCAGUUUCACAACUCUUUUUUUUUUCGUUCUGUAGCUUUUUUGUUUAACCAAAAGCAAACAUUUAUAAAUACAAAGUUUAUAGCAAGAUAUCUCGUGAUAGUACCACUGAACUGCAGCCAAGAAGGCGACAAGAGGCUUUUAAUCAACAGAAAGCUAUCUCCCUGUAAUGCAACGGAAGUGUAUUUUUUUCUCUGUUUUUGAAUCAUGAUAACCCUUCACUAUUCAGAGGAUUGCUGUUACAAACUAAGCUGGAAAAUAGCUGUUCGUUAUCGGGAGAACAGCGAAAGUUUCCCUCAAAACCAAAAUCCAUUGUGUCAAUGGCCGGUUGAAGUAGAAUUUUAGCAAACACACGAAAGUGUACAUUUGUUAGCUCCUGCAAACUAAAUAAUGACAAGUCUUAUACAAACAAGCAAUAAACAGAGUAAUUGUUUUUAUUUUGGCGAUAAUGAUCAAGCACCACCUAAGGGAGAGGUUAAAUAUAUGAAUGCGUUCACGAAAAGUACAUCAGCAUCUGCUAAGGAAAACAACUUUUUCAUUUUGCUAAUUUUAUCUUUUCAAUGGUAGGAGGGAGAGGAGGGGGGAGGGAAAGUAAGUACAAGCGAAGAUUGAACGUUAGAGUUUUUUUGCCGUGGGUUUGAUUUUUCCAGUCAUGGCCUGUUUCUUUCAACCAUCAUUAUUAUUAUUGUUUAUGAACUUUUUAACAAAUCAGCAACAAUGAAAGGCUGACAGCAGCAAUCGAUCAGACGAAUAGAUGAAUGGAUCAAGACGGUAACUCAUCUUACGAUGAAUUCGCGCCGGCAGAGUCUUACCACAGCUGGCUGCGAGUAAGACCCCCUCAAGUACUUUGUUCAUGAUUUGUUGAUGUAAGUCAUUACGAUCAAAACUUACUUGGAUUAACAUAUCGUAUAGGACUCCUGAAUAUCUAUUCAAAUGACUUCCGUUGGAAUUAAAGUACAUUUGAGAAUAUUUUCGUUUACUUUGUUUUGUUGGUGACGGAGGCGAAUUUGGACAAUAGUGACAUUCCACCCUCAAAACAGCUACACUUAACAAAUUGCUUUGUACAAAAGGAUAAAAUCAAUUAUAGCUUUUUAAGCCUUUGAAUGUGAUUUAAGAUGCCUUGAGUGACCACACUCCCUGGAGAGAUUUUCAAAAUACGGUUUUGAGCAAUAACACAGGAAGCAAAUAGAUUCGAGGUCAAUGGAAAGUAAUUGAAGAAUUCAAGGAGUAAGGAGCAAAGUUUGGAGUUUGCAUCUUGAGUACAAUGUAGUAAAAAGUAAAAAAGUUUUAGAAUCGUUCAAAAACCGGAUGGAAACUCACACGAAAAGUAUUAAAAUUCAUUUGAUAUUAAUAACUCAUUAGCAAAAGUACACAUUGUAAACAUCCCAGGAACUUGUACUCAACAAAAAUGAUCUGCGCAAACACUGAUUGCAAGGUCUGUAGGCAACAAGACUGAGUAACGGGUUUUUAAUUAGAUGUCAUUCAAUUAAUUCUUCUCUUUGGCCCUAAAGAAACCAAACUAUAUAUCCCCACUGACAAAAUAUUCCACAAUUCAUCUCCUGCCGUCAGUGGAUUGCAAAUUUACAUAAUUAUAAAAGAAUGUGAACUGACGCUGUGCGCUAUUCAGUUUGAUGCAUUGGAUGUCAUUUGAAGCCGAAGAUGCAAUAAAAAGAUGGGAUCUUGUUUUCUCGUGGCUCGUUCUACUGCAGGGAAGAAUUCUGCUCUCCUUGUGAAUCUCCUGGCAAUUGUUGGAGUUGUUACAUCACAAGGUAGAAUUAAUGCACCAUUAAGGUUUAAAUUUCUUAAUUUGCUUCUAUUUUGUUUCCGUGGUUUUGCGGGUCAACAAGAUGUUUAACACUAUUCAGUCUUCAAAUGAUGUGUGGGACUAUAACAUCGAUUGCUCCUUUUAUCGACGUCUUACGAUCAUUAAUGACUAGUUCACGGUUUAGUUUGGGUAAAUGUUUCGUUCUGUCUAAGUAACAGAUGUUUUUCGAGCUUGUAAUCCAUAUUUCUUUCUCUUCGUACGGCGUCCUAAUCUCUCUCAGAAACUUUUAGUUAUUACUCAAGGCAUAAGCAAAUGGUUAUUUCAAUAUGAGUCUGUAAACAGGUUAGUUGGCUCAUAAACAAUCAUUUCUUUUCACAGUACAACUUUUAAUUCUGGGCUAUCCUAGCAUGGCCUACCCAACAAUGACAAAACAUGGCUUUUCAACCUUCAGCCCGAGUCACAAAAGAUCUAGAGAAAUUCCACACAGAAAUAGUUUUAUGGUGUUCUCAUGCUAAACGUAGGCGUUUAGGAACACCUUUAGUCGGCGCGUUUGACUUCUAGAUAGUCAAUUGUUGUCUCCUUCAUGCCACUACAAAUUACUCAACUUAAGUCGCUAAUUAAAUCAUCAAAAGGCACAUGCUUUUUAUCAUCAAACGCACAUGUUCCCCCUGAUUAUAUAAUCAUUUGAUUAGCGAAUUAUCCAAGUCUCUUGAGGUAUCAUUACUUGAUGUCAUCAUACUCAAUACGUUGGUUGGUAAACCUGGAAUUUCUGCUACGUUAUGUUUUCCUGCUGUAUGCCUAAAGUCACCUCACAUUUUACCUCUUGAUCCAAUAUCGAACCUCCUUUUGUAGGUGAUAGCAUCGGAUUAACAAGUCUGCCUAAGGGAUAUUCAAAAGUAACUAGGUAAUCCCAGUGGCGUGGCGACACCAACGGCGCCAGAAGAAAGAACUUGGAAAAAAAAAAUGAUGGGCCUUCGUGUUUUCGGUCGAAGGUUGAGUUCUGGUUGUUAUGUUCACCGCGCUAAGCUAAACGUGCUAAACUAAGUCGUGAAAUAACCUCGUACAAUUUAAAUUUCACAACAUCCAGUUGAGUUAAUGAAAGACUACCAAGGCAAUAUAACUUGUAGGAUAAAAUGGGAAUGUGGUAAAAAAGUUGGAAAGAAAGACAGAUUUCAAAGUCUCAACUACGAUUUCCUCCUGGUAUAGUUAUUACUGAUUCAGGAGUAUCUCGAUUAAAGAUUAAAGAUUGGUUUUGACAUUCGACCGAAAAUAAUUAAGUUUUUCUUUGGUGUUUUGUUCUGAUUUCAAUCGGUUCGAGAGCAAUGAUAACCCCAAAAUAGAAUAAAACAAAAGUUCGGUAUAACUAUAGAGAUUUCUAUCUACUGAUAAUUGAAAAUAAGUUUCAUGUAGAAAAACACUACUCCAGACAGUUUAAGUCCACAUUCAAGAUGCCAUACCUUUUUUUCUUUUUUUUUGCCAACCACCUUUUGUCAGAGAUAACGAUACCUACCCUUACUCUAAUAACAUGCUGAAUCGAAGCAGACCGCAUCUCGAUAUUAAAAACCCGCAUUUAAGCAUCACAAAAAACUGCUCUUUAGUAGAAGACUUUGAAACAAUACGCGCAGACCAAAAUUAAACAGUUAAGAAUAAUCAACAAGAGGAUAAAAUUUGCCAGUGAUGGCGAAGGCUGACACGAAUUUCAUAUGAAAACUUGGAAAAGUCGACAAAAACCGUACCGUAUAAGAACAAGGAAAAUGAAAACAGAUGAGAGCAGUCCGUAAAGGAAGGAAAAUUACAAGAACUGAAAAGAAUGGUUUCGACGGGGUUCAUCAUUUGCAAUCUGUGUCUACAUUCUCCAUCGUUAACGAUCCUCGUUGCCAUUUUAAAAAUUCUUACAUCUUUGGAGUUGCUAUAUAACAGCAAACAAUAAUGUCAAAGUUUUUUUUCUCCCUAAGGGGAGGCUAUAAUCGUUUUCUCUCAGUUGAGGGGUUUUUGUUCUCAAUAACUAAUAUUGCUUUUCUUAAAUUGCAACUUUGCUAAGACGUAAAAGCCACAAAUACUUACUGAGAACGAGUGAACAGUGCUUCCUUGAUCAGCGCAGUAAGACAGGCCUAUACUUUGUACACUUUCAAAGCACAGAAAAAAACAUGAAACUAAACUUAUUUUGAAGUGUGUAAGAAAUAACGUACAGGAGAGAAAAUGACCUUCACAGGUUCUCUGCACUCACAGUUAUUGCAGAAAAAGUCUGACAGAGUCUUUGGUUUCUUACAUUAUAUCUGUAAUCAUUUACAGAUUUCUUAGCAGGAAAAAACGAACACGCCGUAAUUUCCCUCACUCGCAACACAUGGCUUCCUAACUCAGUGGAUUGCAAAGUAGCAUUCACCUAGAAUCUGAAAGGCAAGGGUUCAGCCCCCGUUGAAGCCCGAAUUACUUUUGACUUCAUUUAAAGUAAUGACUUUAAUUGCGGUUUACCUGCGAAUUUUCAAGUACCACAUCAAAACAUACGUGUACCUUUUUCAAACAUAAUGACAGCCGCAAUGGCGUUGCUCAUUAUCAUGAUCUAUCAUGAGUCCUCCUUUGUUUGUAUGUAUGCAGGCUACUUCAAGGAUGACCACGAACAUAAGCUGAUCAAUUCCUUGUUCAAGAGUAAUUACAGCAAAGAAGCUUUACCUGUGGUCAACAAAUCAGAAGCAGUUCAGGUUACGUUUGACCUGGCAUACAGUCAACUUAUAUAUCUGGUAAGAGAAUGGGUUGCAGUGGUGACUGCUUCACUAAAAAAAAACUACUGAACAUUACUAUGUAAGUCAUAGCGGAUGUAAAUGCAAUUUACCUAAUUUUUAACCCUUAAACCUCUAAGACUACAGUGACCAGCAUCUAAUUUCUCCUUACAAUAUCACAACUGAAUCACACAUCAAUGUCAUGAGAAUAAAGGAAAGGAUCACCAACUAAAGAAACUCUUGAUUGUUAGACAAAUUCUCCUUGUCAGCACAUCAGUAAAUGUACAGAGAGCAGUAUGGAGAAUAUGAACACUGAUGUUAGGGUGUAAAGGGUUAAAGGAUUAGUUUUGAGAAUAUGCACACUGGUGUUAGGGUGCAAAGGGAUAAGGAGAAAAGUGUGGCAUGUGCAAAAAAACUGAGAAUCCACAAUAUCUUAACUGAGUUUAUUUGAACAAAACAACAGAUUUUGUUUCAAUUGUCUGUUUUUUCUGAUUUUCCUGCUGAGAUUUGUCACAAAAGUACCCUUCUUUUACAUCAAUUCUUGCUAUACUUUGAAAUCUUUCACUAGCUCUGUUAGAUAGUCAUGUUGAAACACACAACAACAAAAAAUAAAAAUAAUUAUGUACCAGGUCUUUUUUUCCACUACCCUGACUAAAUCCUGUAUUAUUUAGGACCAUAAUUUGCAUUCAGUAGAUUAUGAAAACCAAUGAGCUUGGUUUUGUUUUUCUUUUGAUUAUUAGGACAGCAAAAAUCAAAUACUCUCCAGCAAAGUGUGGUUACGACAGGUAAAGUAAAAAAUUUCACCAAAACUUAAACUGUUAGUAACUUUUUGGAACCAGGCUGUAAAAGCUACAGGUCAAAAAAACCCUCAGCAGGAAUAUUACCCACUAUAAAAAUUAAAAUUAAAUAUAAGCAUUUUUUUAGAAGCUUCCCCAGUAACUUCUCCAUACUUACCCAUUAGGAAUUAAUUUAAUUUGGACCUUUCUGUAGCGCUAAAUAACUAUGAGCAUUGCCAUUUGUCUUGAAUGGAAUACUUACUCAUCCUCAGAGGAGUUGAAAUACUACUGGUCCUUUUAUGCAACAGAAACUGGGAUAUUAAACUCCAGCUGGAUGGGCCAUGUAGCUUGAGAGUGGACUUAACCUUAACUUCCAAACCUAAAAGUCCACCACAAUUCAAAAAAGGAAUUAAUGAUCAGCACAUAAUGUUACAUAUUCAUGCAAACAUCACCCACAACAGUUAUUUUUUCACAGAUGUGGACAAACCCAUUCCUCAGAUGGGACCCUGAGAAGCAUGGUGGAAUAGAAUAUAUAAAUGUUGACCCAAAAUUAAUAUGGAAACCAGACAUCAUUCUAUAUAAUAAGUAAGUAAAAAUGUUUAAGGAAACAUAGCAUGAAAAUGAGAUAGAGGAAAUUCAAAAGCUUUUAUUAGUUAUUGGCAGAUCUAGGUUAUGGGAAUGUGCUUGAAGUUUAGACAAUUUUAACCCUUUCCACCCUAACAUCAGUAUGUAUAUUCUCUAUACAACUCCCUAAACAUUUCCUAAGGUUCUGACAAGGAGAAUUCGCUCAACAAUCAAGAGCAUCUUUAGUUGGUGAUCAUCUUCUCUAUUCUCAUGACUUUAUAACCUUAAUGUUUGAUUCAAGUGUGAUAUUAUGAGGAGAAAUUAGAUGCUGGUCACUCUUAGGGAUUAAAGGGUUAAGGAUUGCACUUUUGUUAACCUUUUCUGUUCCAAGAUCUCAUCAGCAGUAUUCUCCUUACUGUCUGCCAUACAACUAUGCCCAUGUUAAUCUGGAGAAUUUGCUGUUGCAUAAUAACUAAUAAUUUCCUAAUGGAUAUCAUUCUUUAUUCCCAUCUCCUGCCUGCUUGAUAUUGCACUAACACUGUGAGGAGAGCUUUUUUCUUGGUCACUCAUGGUAGUUAACCCUUUCACUCCCAAGAUCUUAUUGGUAAUUUUCCUUAUUGACUGCUGUAAAAUUCUCGUGAUUUCAGUUCUGAGAAUUUGUUACUGGAUCAACCGAUAAUCCCCUAAUUGAUAUUUCUUUUUAUUCUUGUCACUUUUCUGCUUGAGAUUAUAUAGAUAUUAUAGGGAGAAAUUCUGUCUUGGUCACUCAUGAGAGUUUAAGGGUUGAAGGAUUAGGCUAUUGUGUUGUAUACAUGUAAAUGGCUUUUCAUUUACAGAAUAAUGUAAAAAAAAUACUGGGUAAAUCAUUCAUGAUUUUCUGCAAUAUUCCGAUGCAUACUAAAAAUAAUUAAAUGUAUACUUUUCUCCUCUUACAGCAUUGGCUUUGGUGAAACAGGUGCAAUAUAUAAUUUUGACACAAAAGCAACUCUGAAGUACGAUGGAUACACACAAUGGUAUGCUCCAACAGAGAUUCACAGCAUCUGCAAAAUUGACAUCGGCUAUUUCCCCUUUGACCAUCAGAAAUGUAAACUUAAAUUUGGUUCCUGGACUUACACAGGUAAUUUUAAAGGAAAGAAGUCCAUCUUUUUGGGGAUCUAAGGUCAUGUAAUGGUCUCCUGUAAUAAAAUUUUAGCCACCAGAAAAAUGAGAAUAGAAAAGAGAAAGGUAAAUUUAGCAACAAAUUAAAAUAUCAUCUUGAAGAAAUGUUCAUCAAACUGUAACUUUGUCCCACAAACACUAUGUAGUAAAAUAUUAUAGCUUCCUGCAUGAUCGCUGAAUGCAGGUCGCCAAAUUGGCAAGUUUCCCUUUAAACUUUUUGCCAAAACUUUUUAUUCAUGGAAAUCAAAAUGAUAAGAACACAGCUUAAGCGCUUAAGCACAUAAAUAAUGUUUUCGGCAGAAACAAGGUUAAAAUAGUCACGCAAUUACUUCACGGAGUCUCUUAUUAGUGGGUUGUUACUUAUUUAUUCCGACCAAGACUUGAAUUCAGCGUCUGUGGUUAUUGAUGCAAUUGUCUUGGUCUCAUUCUGCCCAGAAUAUUGAAGAAUUUCCACGAUUGACUUCCCUAAAAAUUAUACCCAUUAACUUAUCAUCCUGCAGUAUUAGUACUGGAUACUGUUGAACACCCUACUACAAAUUCACUGACUUGUGAGACUGAUUCUAAUAGAUGCUUGAACAUCCUACCGUCAGUUUAUCGACGUUAACCUGUUCACCCAUCAUCGACGAUUUUUAAACACCAUUUUAAAGACUCAUCUCGAUUUUUGAGGUGGCACGUUUUAAAGGGGCUCCCUUCAUCGCUCAUUCACUCAGGCUUGGAGAAAAACCUCGUCCACCAUCUUGGCUUCGUGUCCUCUAAGUAGCAAUACACACUGUUUCCGAUAGAAAUAAACGUGACCAUUACAGAAACAUUUCAAGUUCAUGCCCAUUUCACAUAUUAAGGCUUAAGAGUAGAUUGUUCCUAUUUUUCGUCACCAAAUUAAAGUUGAUAAUUUCAAAAAUUUCAGCUCUAAUGUUUUUCAAUUUAGCGCGAGUGAAGAGUUCGAUUCCAGUCUCUACUCUUCUGAGCUGGGAACUCACACACAAAACAGCUCCAAGUAACUUUAUCUUGACUAAUAUUAUUAAUUAUUUCAUACUUCUGCAGAUAAUAAACUCAAUCUUUCUGCUUCGGCCAACAAAGUCACUGCAGACCUCUCCAAGUACACGGUCAGUGGCGAGUGGGAGUUGGUUGAGGCACCUCUAAAGAGGAAUGCCGUCAAGUAUACUUGUUGUAAACAUCCCUACAUCGACAUAACAUACACGAUACACGUCAAGAGAAGAGUUCUCUUCUACAUGAUGAAUCUGAUUGUCCCGUACAUCGUACUUGCUGUCUUGACAGUUUUCUCCUUCUACCUACCACCAGAGUCUGGAGAACGAAUGGGUCUGGUAAUUACAAUCCUACUAGGUCUGACCGUGUUCAUGAUGGUAUUCACCGACAAUGUGCCACGCACCUCGGAAGUAACCCCGCUGAUCGGUAAAUACUCGGUCACAGUCCUUGUUCAGGUCACUUUUGCGUUGCUAGUCACGUGCGGUGUUCUGAGAGUUUAUCACAAAGAUCCCGAAAGGAAGAUGCCCGCCUGGUUCCGCAAGCUGAUCUUUGACAUCUUGGGGCCAAUGCUGCUAGCCACACCUUCUGAUAAACGAAAAAAGUUGAAACAAGAAGACAAGAACAGGAGCUACUACAUGUCGAAAGUACAGGGAAAUCCCUACGAGAUCCAUCGUAGCCAAAACCAUCUUGUUGUGUCAAUUCCAAAGAUCACAGGCAUAAAGGAUGGCGAGGGGGAAACCGAGCGCAAAUGUUUUCACACCUCACCCAUGGGAUCCAAUUUGUCGCUGACGCCCUCGGAUGAGCGUAUGGAAGAGAUUGUGUACGGCAUGCGCGCCAUUGUAUCUCAUCUGAAAGACACUCAAGACUCUGACGCAAAAGUCAAUGACUGGCAUCACGCAGCCGCAGUUCUAGACAUUGCGUUUUUCUGGAUAACGGCUAUCACCAUCUUAGGCUCAACCCUGGCCUUUUACUUUAUGAUUCCAAACUGACGGUAUGAAGUACAUUGUGAAAUCGCGAAAGGAGAACUGCACCUUUUUGACAUAUAAUGUUCCACAUGAACGUCAAAUAGAAAUCAGGGACACUGGAACAAUAAUCAACAGGGGAGGGGAGGGAGGAAGUAGAUGCCGGUUAAGCCUGUCCUGAUUUUUUUUCAGCGACUUUUGAGCAACUUUUUGCGUUUCUAGCAACUUCGAGUAAUUUUUGCCUUUCUCAGCAAUUUUGGAACAAAUACAAGUUUAGAGCAUAUAUCAAGCGUGAAAAAAAAAUCAAUGAUUUAUAUGAAAGUUUCAAGAAAUUUAGGAAGCAACUUUUUAAAUUUAGGUAGCAAACUUUUUGGAUUUUUAGCAGUUUUUAGCACUCUUUCGGCAUUCCAGUGAGCAACUUCUCAAUAUUUCACGAGCACAAUCGGGACAGGCGUGGUGCCGGUGGCAGGGGUUUCUAUGAAGGUCUAGUAACCGGAGCGAAAAGAUUACCCCUUGACCCUAAGGUUUGGUCGUCCCUAGAAAACUACGUGUACCUAAUCCUUCAGUAGUUAAAACAAUUGUUAAAUGCUAGUGAAUUUUCAUUUACGCGUAACUGCCCUUAAUGAGGAAAGUUAAGGAGUUAUUUCCACCAGAAAUGACGAAUUUUUUAGGUAAGUACUUCUUCAAAAGGAUGAAAACUGAUGGGCGCAUAAGUUAGGGUUGAAGUUUGAACGUUUCUCUUGUGAGAGUUAUUUUAUAUAAAAAAAAAAAAAAUUUAGGGCUGCUUAUUCUCGAAGGUGGCUCGUAAACUUUCGGUCCUUGUGUCUGGUGCAUCGCAGCUAUAUCGAGUAUCUAUCUUUUAAGGCGGCUCCAAGUUUGGCAAAAGGAUUUUGGAGGUUAUCAGAAUUCCUUGUUUUGUGGAAAUCACAAUAAUAAGGGUUUUUUGAUAGUAAUGCAUCGCUUAAUUUACCAGAGAGAUUCAAUCAGUUAAUGUAUUUAAAUUUGUAGAUUUUCUCCAUUAGGGUUCUUCCUUAAGAAACAAAGGGCGAGCCGUUACACACUGUUAGGGAACCAAAAAGGGUUCCAAACUAAGAUAUCUAUUUUGGAUUUAUUAGAAUGGGAAUUUAUCCCGAUAUUUGAUAGUUCUUUCUGUUUUUAUCUCCAAAAUUAGGGCCUCUCGAGGAGGGGGCGGGGGGGGGGGAAAGGGGGUGCUUGUGUUUUGGAGUGCUAUGGUUUUUACACUCGAGUGGGAGGGAAAAUGAUAAGCAUCGUCUUAACAUAAAAAAUACACUAAAGUGCUCCUGCUCCCGCAAAUUGUUUGAAAAAAGCUCUUUCUCUACAAACCCUGAGACGCCCUGACGAAGGAGAUGAAAAUCGUGUGAGUAUAUUUUGUCUUGUAAAGUUUGACUAAUAAAGUUGACAUAAUAAAUAUUCCAACGAGUUAUACUUAUGUGCAGGAUUCAAUAAACUGAUAAGAAUAAGUAGGGUGAAGUGAGAGAGAAAAUAGAGAAAGAAAGGAGACCGAGAAGAAACGAAUUCAAAAGUUGAAAAGUGGUCUGAGGUUAAAAUGGGACACGCAACACCCAGCUCCCUCAGAGAAACUCUCAAGUAUCAACAGCGUGAGAGAAAAUUAACAGCCAUGAGAGAACAGAUCUUGGAUAGCUUGUUUUAAGUACGGGCGGUCAUAAAUCAUCAUUUAACCCGCGUUUCUAUUUUUCGCCAUACUUUCACCUCUUUGGUAACUGACACGGAAAGGCUUUAUUCCAUUGAAAGGCAUUUCUCUAUAACGCAAUUUCUCGGUCCCAGGGAUUUAUUCCUUCCGCCCUCUCUUGUUUCAGGGUUGGGGGGGGCGGAGGCGAGAGGAAGAGGGCAGAUAUGGGGAACAGGUGUUUUUGACGCUCAGAGUGGCUAAGAAUGAUGCAAAGCAGUUCUUCUAGGUAGGAAAAUACUGCUAACUAAAUCGUACUUAGACAGAGAUUAAAGAUACAUACCAUUUGUACCAUUCGAAUUGGAUGUGGAACCUUUCUCAGGCCUCAUUAACGCAGUUACGCCACAUAACUCUAACGAGGCAAAUUUGGGUUGAGCAGUACUCAUUACCAAAAAUUCCGAUUCGUUUUACGUCUCGAAUACAACACCUUAUCAAAUGGAACUUUAAAAAUGGCUCCCGAGAAGUAUGGGAUCGAAAACAAGAUCUCAACUUUUGUCAGUUUAAAUAAAUCAAAUUCGGCUCUGCGUCUUAAUACAAAUACAAAACGUUUUUAGAAGUCUGAAAUUUAUUAACGCCGGCUCUGCGUCUUAAUACAAAUACAAAACGUUUUGAAAUAGGGGGUUGGAAUAAAUUUUUCCAUAAGCAGCUGGGGGCCCGUUACUUGCUGGCAGUUUUAACAGACGGCAGUAAGGAGUCAUACAUAAGCGGUGGUAGAACGCUCGUAGCCGUGGCUUUUAUUGACACCCUUUUAAAAGAUUGCUCAUCAACGAAACUGCUAUUUGAAAUAUUUUAGGCGGCAAUUCGCCCUUCCAGAUUGCCAUCAAGCUUAGCUUUCUUACCGCUGUUGAUCCGGUUGUAGUGUGACAGAAAGACACUCUAGAACUAUCUGUUUACCAUUGCAGACAUUUUUUUUCUUUUUUUGAAAUGAAUGACAACGCCGUUCCUAAGUUCUUUGACGUAGAGAGGUCGUAAAAGAAGAGUCAAAAGGAAGUCAUGGAAAACUUAUAAAGCAAGUGACGUCAGCAGCUUCUUUGUCAUGUCGAUUUGAAUUCUGGUCGAUUCAUCUUGUUAAUUUAGGGUCCCUCUACUUGCUGAGUAUAACGUUAAACUUUGAGCAACACGUCAAGGAAGUUCAUUGUUCGUGCCUUUUGAUUAAACGCACCUGGAUUAUUUUAUUAUUCUUUGGUGUUUCGGCUGUCAAAUUUUUGUCUUGAUUAUUAUUAUCAUUGUGAUUACGCCUGAGUGAAGUAAGACCACAAAGGAGUUUCUUUAGCGUAAUUGUUUGUGAGACAGCGAGCCAAACAAAAGAAUGCCAGACUAGGUUGUUGAGAAGCUUAUUGGCUGAAGGCUGAUUUCGACCUGCUGUUACGGCGGUUUAAGAGAACAAUCAGUUGAAUUUUAAGGUAUGUUGAUGCCAAAUGGUGGUUAGUGCGUGUUUGUGUAAAACUGACGUUUGGAAUUUCUGUCUCUGCUAUACCAGCCAUGAUAUAUCGUAAAAUGCUAUUCUUUUUCGCCAUAACAUCUUCAAUCCAUGCAACAUGUCGAGGUAAGUAUAGAUUGACCGAAAUUCUUCACCAGGAAUGUUUUUCUGACGUGAAGCCUGUUAACCGUUUGAUGCUAGUUAAUUAGAGAUUGUUUUGAACUUCCACAAUGACUGGUUGAAGAGAUUGUGGCUACUCUAAAUCCAGUUAAGGGUAUUGCUGAGUUACACGACCCACCCUAAAACUUCCUGUUACUUAGAAAUCUAUUUUGUCUAGAUCAGCAAUGUUUCCACUCAGUUCGACAAGUUGAAUUUGCAAGGCCAUUCCGCUACCGUUGGCUUUAGUACAUUAUUUUGACUACAUACUACAAAAAAUACUAAUUAUCUAGCGGUUAUUACAAGCUGUUGCGUAAUCAAACGCACUGCGAAAUUAAUAGGCCAUAAAAUAACUUGUAGUACGACAUAGUUAAUCUGAAUCAUACAGCAGUGCUAUCAGAAAUGCGUAAAGUUAGAUUCUCGUGAUUUGCUUUUUGUCACACACCUUUGAAUAAUGUUUAUCCUUCGUAUCCAGUCAAAUUUUGAUCACACCAUUUGAAGUUUGUCGUAUUUUGUCAACAUGAAUAACUGGGCCCCGUAAAGCUGUUCAGUUGCUACUAUUUUGCAAUCGCAAAUGUGUAUCUUAACUUUGCCUUACACGAAUUGAAGAAUAUUAACUUUAAACGCCAAGAGUGGGUCAGUUGCGAAGCUGAUAAACAUAUCGUUGACAAUGAACUGUUCGUUUGGGCAAAAUUCAUAGCUAGUAAAGAAAUGAACUGUCACAUUGUAUUGUUACAGUUAUGCUAUGGUGUUUUGUAGUCCAAGGUUUUUUUUUUUUUUUUUAUCAAGCUAACAGCUUUUCCUUAUCGGCCGGACUGCAUUAAGCAAACGCCAAAUCUGAUUGACAAUUCCACAUACCACAAUAAUGAUUAGUCUUGACUUUAAAUUCAAGCUUACAAGUCUAUGUAAAAGUACAAGUCUUCUGAUCUGGAAAGCUCUCAACAAAUUUCAGUAAAUGAAAUAAAAAUACACUAAUGUUUUUAGAGUAUCAGUGUUCAGCUCUCUGAGCAGAAUGUUUUUCAUGUAUCAGUGUUCAGCUCUCUGUUUCCCCUGUCAGUUGCAACUUUCAAAUAACUAAGACCUGUCCUAUAUGACAUUUGUUUUCGUGGCUCAGCCAGGAUUGUGAAAAUCAAGCCAUAAAAUAACAUAAGCCUUACCCGUUGUCUCCAAAUUAUUUUCUGAUAGAGUUAAACAUAAACGCACUAAAGGCCGAACAUAAACAACUGAUGAUAAAAGCUGAUCUUAAGCGAUAAAGAACAAAAGGCCAUUUUUAUAAAGGCAUGCAAAUCACAUUUUAUAUCCUUCAUUAGAAUUUUUUUAACCUUUCAGUUUCGUUUAAAUCGAGACUCGCUUAUUUCGUAUACCUUUGAUAAGCGUGUUUUAACAAUAGCCCUCUCAUUUAUAUCGACGUGAGCUCUUACGACUCAAACCUCAAAUAAUCCUGUACCGAGCUGUUCAUAAGAAGGUUGCCCAAUUUCGUUUGUUUUCCAGCAUUUCAAAAAUAAGUUUUAAGUAAAAUAACAGAAAUCGAUAUUUGCUCCUCUAUGCAGGCCAAUAUGAAGUUUCGCAACUCGUCACAGGUAGCUCCAAUAAUCAUUGCUUCCCUGUACGUGUUAAAAAUGAACACCAAAGAAUUAACUGAAGUAGUUAGCCGUGUCGUAACUAUUUGAAAUCUUUGUGGUUCAUUCGGGAAAGACUGAUUACUUUCACAGAAUUUGCAGUGAGAAAAAUGUAUGUUUUGUGAACAAUGUUUAAAACGUUUGCCUGCUGUUUGGAAAUAAAACCCAGCAGGCAGGCUCAUAAGGAAGGUCGCACAUCACAUAUUUUUCUAGUGAGCUCAUACCUCUCACUGGGAGAGCACGAAAGCCACGCAGGAAUAAAAAGAACAAUGCUAAAAUUUCAUAUCUGUUCUUGAUGAAGAGAAAAAAACCUGUAAUAUCUUUUUUUCUCUUCAUGGCUUUAAGUUUAGACACUUUUAAACUGCAGAAAAUUAAUACCAUAAUUGAGAGUUAUUUCCAACUUUUGGUAUCUAGAUCAACAAGUUGACGUAUUUAGGCGAUGGAAUAACGCAAACGAAUGUGCGUUUAUAUCAAAACCAACAUGUAAUAAUAUAAACGUUCUAAUAAACCAAUGGAAGGCAAUUACAAAAUCAACAAUUCAAUUUAUUAAACAAACAACCAAACAAAGGGAUAUGAAUUGAACGAAAAAAGUCCAGAAGAAUGCAGCUGAAAGGGAAAUUUUUAAAGUCAUUUUGAUCGGAAAACAAUCACAAUCCAAAAGUGGAACAACAACAGACAGCGAUGGAUGACCUAUGUAGCUGCCCUACUAGGGCCAGUGAAGAUUAAAUGGGUAAUGAAUGUAUGGGCGUCGAGUACACGCGUGAGUGAGUGGGUGGGUGGGAGGCGUGGGUGGAGUUAUAGGUAACAGUGAGCAAGAGAUUGAUUAGGUGUGUGUGCGUGUGAGUAAGUGGGUGAGUGGGUGAGUGCGUGAGUGCGUGAGUGGGUGAGUGGGUGAGUGGGCAGGUUGAGUGGAUGAGUGGGCGAGUGGGCAAGUGGGCGAAUCGGCGUGUAGGCGAGUGGGCGAGUGGGAGUGUGGCCUAGUGGGUGAGCAACUGAGUGAGUAAAUGGGUGGUUAGUUAGGUGGUUGAGGCAGUAAGUGGUUGGUUGAAUGGAUAGUUAAGCAGGUAAGUGAAUGUGUGAGUAGGUUGAAGGGGGGGGGUUGGGUGAGAAGACGAGUGAUAGAGUCAAUGCGCGAGUUUUAACAUCAGUGCUUUCCAAUUUUUUCUUUUUUUCAGGCCAGGCUCAUCUCGAUCCAGAACAUCGCCUCAUGAAUGAUCUGUUCGCAAAUUACAGUAAAGAAGUGAGACCUGUCAUCGACAAACAACAACCAAUUCCUGUCAACUUUGACAUGAUGUUCAGUCAACUUGUUGAAUUGGUAUGUGAUGCAAAGCACAUGAGUCUUUUAUCGCUUCAAGGACUAUUUUUGAGGAGCAUUCAGAUGGGAUAACAAGCUUAGAAUACUUACAACUCUCUGUGCCCAUUUUCAGACGCAUGCGUCCCACCGUGAGCACGAUUACUUCGAGAGAUUAAUGUUUUGAUUAUUGUGUUUAGGGGGAAAUGCUUUGUGGUUCAAUAUAACAGCUAAAAUCAUUUAAGGGAGUUUCUGUUAAGGUUAAAAAAUAUGUACAUCAACAAGAUAGUGAGCAUUUUUUAACGAUGAUGGGACGUUGUGGACGUACGACACAUUAUGACUUGCAAAGACUGACAUAAAUGCAGCAGUUAUUUUUUGCGGGUCAUCAAAUUUUUACUUUGUAAAAUUUAAUUAGAAGUAUUCUUUCCAUGAAGCAGUAGAGUGUCGCAAAAGCAAAACCAGGGUAAUCGCGAUGACCAAUCAGAAAAAAGAAAAGUUCUGAAUAAGCAAAUUUCCUAAAGUACCGGAAAAGGCCACGUCCCAAAAAGAUUAGGAUGGCUAUUCAAAUUUGAUGUAUUUUUUUAUUUUCUUCAUUAUUAGAACGGACGGAGCCAGAUAAUGACCAGCAAGGUUUGGAUUCGACAGGUAGGACAAAGCUUUACCUGUAAUGUUUGCGCUUUCAAGGACAUUCUCUAUUGAAUGCUCAAAUCACGUCAACGCAAAUGUUCCUGCAUCAUCCUCGAUUAUCACCAUAUUUGUCAAAUCAUUACGCAUUUAUCAAAACAAUGAGAAAGGGGGUUAAAAGCCAGACUGACCGCUCCUAAAGUGCGACUGCUGCAUGAGAAAAAACCUUGUUGAUUUUAGUUUAUCUAACAUGGAGCGACGUGAGCUCACUUGAGGGCGAGAUCACACAGCUUGGACACGGCGUGACUCGGGCGAAAUGGCAAGGGGGUGGUGUCGUGACUUUUGUGCCGGUUCAUUUCAAUGCUAACGGGUUAUUCACGAAAGUAGUCGUUUUCUUUUUAUGUUUCAGUCUUGGGAAAAUCCUUUUCUGAGGUGGAAUCCUUCGGAUUACGGUGGUGUAAAGUUCAUCAACAUUGACCCAAUACUUGUUUGGAAACCUGACAUUGUUCUUUACAACAGGUAAACAAGGUCUCCUUCGGCAUCCAUUGUGUCUUCAUCUUUUGUUAGUCAUAAGAUUAAUUUACCAACUUAAAGUUGCAUAGAUUCUGCUUUAAAUGAUGUUUGGCGAGGAGAUGAACUUGGAGUUACCGAAAGACGGCUACAUGAUAUAUGUAGCUAAAUAUGUAAGAUGACAACAUUCUUCUUUGCUGACAUCAAAUCUAUGCCGAGAUUUUUGUAUUAUUAUUAUUAUUCUAUUAUUAUUAUUACUAUUAUUAUUAUUAUUAUUAUUAUUUUAGCAUUCAGAGCGACAGUGGCGAGAUGUACAAGUUCAACACCAAAGUCGUCAUAAACUACAAUGGUUCAUGUCAGUGGUACGCCCCAACAGAAGUGAAAACAGUUUGCAAGAUCGACAUUACCUAUUUUCCGUUUGAUCAACAACGGUGCAGCAUGGUUUUUGGUUCUUGGACCUAUACAAGCUCUUCGUUAAACCUAAUGCUUGACCGAAAAGAAGUCGAUUUAUCCAGCUACAUUGCCAGCGGCGAAUGGGACCUGAUUUCUGCUGAGGCUAUGCGUAAUGUGGUGAAGUACACCUGCUGUCCAGAUCCGUUCAUUGAUAUCACCUACCAUCUUGUGCUUCGCAGAAGAGUGCUCUUCUAUCUCAACAAUUUGCUCCUUCCGUGCGUCGCACUAGCGAUUUUAACGGUGUUUGCGUUCUUCUUGCCAGUCGAAUCCGGCGAGAGAAUCUCACUAAUUAUCACAAUUCUUCUGGGUUUGACUGUUUAUACACUCAUCUUCACUGAAAACAUACCAUCUACUUCGGAAGUCACUCCUCUUCUGACCAAGUACUCCACCACCAUCAUGGCUCUCCUGGGCAUGUCAUUGGUUGUUUCGUGUCUGGUUUUGUGGAUUUACCACCGAGAUCCUUCAGCUGAAAUGUCCAAAACCUUUGAAUUCAUUGUUUUUUCAGUUCUUUCUCGAAUCCUCAGGAAGCCUCGGCCGGAGGAAACUUCGAAAGAUGGUCCAAAACGAAAGCAUAUUCCAGUAAGUGUAGUCGCCGACCGCUGGCCAACCUAUUUUCCUGUACAGAGGCGCGCUGCCUCAGACAGCGGGAAUUCUAGUCCCCAGUGCCGUUCACCGAACGGAUCUGUGCAAGAAUUCGUUUUCCCCACGCAAUUGGAGCGCAAGUUCGAUCAAGUUAUCGCCAAACUUGAUGCAGUUGCGAACUCUUUAACAGUCGACCAAGGCGAAGAGGAAAAGAAAAAGAAAUGGCAAAUGGCUGCCCAAAUCAUUGACCAAAUGUUCUUCUGGCUCUUUACAUUGAUAGUCACCACAGUCACUCUUGUCAUGUACUUCAUGAUUCCGAAAUACUAUUAG